AUGAUCCUGCAGCUUCAGGUUGUGGCCUUAGGCCUCCUCCUACUCCAGACAGGUGCUGUGUUUUCUACCCAAGUGAAUGCAGUGCUGGGGCAGUCGGUCACGCUGCCCUGCACCUACUCAGUGUCUGGAGGAGUCCACUUCAUGUGCUGGGGCCGCGGGCCCUGUCCCUCUUUCAAAUGCUCCAGUACACUUAUUACAACAGAUGGAUACCGAGUCACCUAUCAGACAGACAGGCGCUAUCAGCUGAAGGGGAGACUUAAUCUAGGAGACGUGUCAUUGACCAUCCAGAAUGUAAGCAUGGAUGACAGCGGCCAGUACUGUUGCCGAAUCGAGGUUCCUGGAUGGUUCAAUGAUAUCAAAAAUACCAUGUCACUCCAGGUUAUGCCAGCUAACACCACAAAAAUUCCAGCAACGCCUCAUUUCUCUACUGCUCCUCCAACACCAGCAUGGAUACAGAGCCACAAAACAGCCAAGACCACAAGAAUCCCAACACCUCGUAUCUCUACUGCUCCUCCAACACCAGCCCACACAGAGAGCCAUAGAACAGCUGUAACCACAAGAGCUCCAGCAACGCUUCAUGUCUCUGUUGCUCCUCCAACACCAAUCCCAACACCAACACAGAGCCACAAAGCAGCUCCAGCCAAGAUCCAUAUCACUUCAGGUCUCUACACCGCCUCCAACAUCUACACCGCCUCCAACAUCUGUACCUACCUGGAGUCACAAAACACAUAA